AUGUCUGCUUCACUCACAGACCUCGCUGUACCACUAUCCAUCCUCGAUACGGAUCUCUACAAAUUGACUAUGCAGCAGGCCGUGCUGCAGCAGUUCCCAAACGUACACUCGACUUAUCGAUUCAAGAAUCGCAGCAUCUCGACCCUCUUCACCCGUCAAUCCAUCGAGCGUUUCCGUACCGCCGUAUCGCACUUCACCACCGUCCAACUUACCUCCGCGGAGCUCUCCUGGCUGCAAGCCGCCUGCCCCUACUUCACCUCCGACUACCUCGACUACCUCUCCACCUACCGCUUCAAGCCCGAACAGGUCAAAGUGAACUACAUACCUGUGAGCGCCGACCAGCUGCAGGGGCGGGUCGAGAUCGACGUCGUCGGACCCUGGGUCGAGACGAUCCUGUGGGAGGUGCCCCUCAUGGCGUGCCUCAGCGAGUCCUACUUCCAGAGCGUCUUCACGGACUGGGGGUAUGCCGGCCAGGAUGAGCUCGCCUACUCCAAAGCCCAAACCCUCCUCUCGGCCAACUGCCACUUCAGCGAAUUCGGCACGCGGCGGCGGCGGUCCUACCAAACGCAAGACAUCGUCCUGCAAGCCCUCGUGCGUGCCUCGCGCGAAAUUCCCUCCUCCGGCGGUCUCUCGGGGACCAGCAACGUCCACUUUGCGCAAAAGUACGACCUCACGCCCAUCGGCACCAUUGCACACGAGUGGUUCAUGGGUGUAUCAGCGCUGAAAGGCUACGAACGCGCCAAUGUCACCGCACUCAAGCUCUGGGAAGAGGUCUACACGCCCGGCACGGCGCCGCUCAUCGCGUUGACCGACACAUUCACCACGACCGCGUUCUUCAAGGAUUUUGCAUCCGAUUCCGAACUCGCCCACCGCUGGACAGGCCUUCGCCAGGACUCGGGCGACCCGUUCACCUUCGGGCCGCGCGUAAAGGAGAUGUACGAGGCCCUAGGCAUCCCGCACGCGUCCAAGACGAUCAUCUUCUCCGACUCGCUCGACGUCGACAAGUGUCUGAAGAUCAAGAAGCAGUGCGACGAGCUGGGGUUCGCGAAAGUAUCGUUCGGGAUCGGCACGUUCCUGACGAACGACUUCCGCGUGGCCUCGACCGGCGAGAAGAGCAAGGCGCUGAACAUCGUCAUCAAGCUCGCGUCAGUCGGCGACAAACCAUGCGUCAAGCUGAGCGACGAUCUCACUAAGACAACUGGAGACCAGGAUACCGUUGACCACGUAAAGCGUGUGUACAACCUGUCUGCAUAA